AUGCGGAGCGGACAGCGGAUUGAGAAAGAGGUGCGGGACGGUGCAAGAGGGAAGGGGCAGGGAUUUGCUUUGGGUGCAGGGAGGGGAGAAGGGGGAGCCCCCCCUCUCCAUAUUCCUCCCCGGAAACCUAUAGAGGGGAGGGGUGCUCUGAUGCAUUGCAUGCAACCCGGGUUCAGAAUCGCUCCCCCAACAGCUUCGUGGAUUUUGCAUCCUAGGAGCCUCGUCCAGCCCACCGCCAAGUAAAAUUCAUUGGAUUGGGGGGGGGGGAGAGAAAGGUGCAUAGGUCUGUGUGCAGAGGAGACCCCACCCCCAAAGGUUUAGGAAGAAACACCCACUGCACGAUUUCUAUUGCACGAUCCUGUUAGAAGCCCCACCCCCAAAUACGGAGCUGGGAGUGGGUGGGGGGCUUGGUGCAGAGAAAGCAGCCUUGCUGGGACGGGGAGGGCAGAAGAGGAGGGAGGGAGGGUGCUCUCUCGCCCUGUCCGCCCCCCCCCCCCAAGAAGGAAAGGACAGAAUCACCAUCCCAAUGCCCCCAAAUUGCAUCAUCGGGCACCUUUCCAACUCUACCAUUCUGUGACUUGGGUGUCCCCUUUUCUGAAGCUUUUCCAAAUCUUUUAUGACAGGGCAGCCCUGAGAGUCUCAGAGGUGGCCAAGUUUUCAGCAGCAUGGAAUCCCUGGGACCGUCUCUUGGUUCUCGGGAUGAAGUGGGAGGAGACCCUCAGGUGCAGCCGCCUCAGGUAAGGGAAGGAGAACUGGGAUGCAGGAGGGAAGAGAGGCACACCAUUUUCAACAGUGAUUAAACAUACCGGUGCUUUUACAUCUUAUUCAGUUUUUUUGACUUCCAUCAGCCCUGUCUGAAAAUUUUCCAGUCUAAUCUCUUAGUAUGCAUUUCUUAUUUUCCCUAUUACAUUCCAAACUCAUAACCAAUAUCUCUAUCUUUUUCUACUUGGUAACGCUUCGUAUAUUUCUCCUUACAAAACGUCUUGUAGUCCUACUAGCGUAAUUUGUUGAUGACAGUUGCUCUUCAAAUAAUUCAUAUACUUCUUCCAAUCUUCUGUAAAUCUCUGGUCCCCCAGGUUUCGAAUCCUUCCUGUCAUUUUGUCCAAUUCUGCGUAGCCCAUUAAUUUCGUCUGCCAUUCCUCUUUCGUCGGAAUUUCUUCUUGCUUCCAUUUCUGGGCUAACAAUAUUCUUGCCGCUGUUGUUGCAUAUAAGAACAGUUUGACAUCUUGUCUGUUAAUGUCUUGGCCUAUAAUACCAAGUAAAAAUGCUUCUGGUUUUUUUUAAGAAUGUAUAUUUCAACAUCUUUUUCAUCUCAUUAUAUAUCAUUUCCCAGAAGUUCUUUACUUUCUUACAUUCCCAUGGCACAUUGCAGGUUCUCAAGGUCACACAGAAAGAGGUUCUGCAGACCUUCCUCAUUCAGAGAAUCAUAGGAUUGUAGAGGUGAAAGGGGCACCAGGGGUCAUCUAGUCCAACCCCUUGCAAUGCAGGGAUCUCGGCCAAAGCAUCCCUGACAGGUGGCCACCCAAACUCUGCUUUAAAAGCUACCAGCCAAGGGGAACCCACCAUCUUCAAAGGUAGUCGCUGUCGGACGGCUCUUGCCAUCACAAGGUUCUUCCUGAGGUUCAGUCAGAAUCUCCUUUCUUGUAGCUUGAAGCCAUGGGUUCGAGUUCUACCCUCCAGAGCAGGAUAAUAAUAAUAAUUUAUUAUUUAUACCCCGCCCAUCUGGCUGGGUUUCUCCAGCCACUCUGGGUGGCUCCCAAUAAAAUGAGCUAAGUCUACCUUCCCUGUGACAGCCUUUGAGAUAUUGGAAGGUGGCUGUCAUCUCUCCUCUCAAGUCUCCUAUUCUCUGUCCCAAACAUACCCAAUUCCUCAACCCUUCUUCAAAAGGCUUGGUUUGCAGACCCUGAAUCAUCUUGGGCAUCCUCCUCCAUCCAUUCUGACCGAGGCAGAAUAGAGCGGUACUGUUACCAUUACUAUUACAAUUACAAUUAAUAAUAGCAAUAAUAAUAAUAAUAAUAAUAAUAAUAAUAAUAAUAAUUAUACAAGUUGUUGUUGUUGCUGCUGUUGUUGUUAACAACAACAACAACAAUUUGUAUACUGCCCAAUGCCUGCAGACAUUAGGGUUGAUCACAGGAUAAAAGGUGCAUAAUGAAGGUGCCUGGCAAAACUCCCUAGGGAGAGCAUCCCACAAACGGGGAGCCACUGCGAGAAGGCCCCGUUCUCGUGUUGCCACCCUCUAUACCCCAUGGGCACUAUACUUCCAUUGAGUCAGCCUAGCAUUGCAUUAGUCUUUUUUGCUGCUGCAUCACAGAACAAACUCUUGAAUGCUGCAAAUAAAUGCUGCUGUGUUACUUUUAUUGUUGUUAGCCUCUGUGAGCCCGGCUUCAGCUGGGGAGGGCGGGAUAUUAAUAAAAUUUUAUUAUUAUUAUUAUUUAUUAAAUAGAUGAGUAAAUAAAGCCCACCAGCACCUCACCUUGUUACCCUUUCCCCUUUCAAACUGGGAGCAAUGGUCUCUGUGGGAGAGAUUACCUCCUGAGUAGGGAGUGUGUUCUUUCCCCCCAGGAUCCGGUGACCUUCGAGGAGGUGGCUGUGCGUUUCACAGAGGAGGAGUGGGCACUGCUGGAUCCGGGCCAGAGAGCUCUGCACAGGGAAGUCAUGGAGGAGAAUCACAAGGCAGUGGCCUCUCUCGGUAAGAAUUAUUUUCUGCCCCUUCUUGAUUGAUAGGUAUCGUCAGUGUGAAUCUGCUAUUUUUGCCACUUAAACCUGCAGUGUAGUGAAAAUGGGUGUUUGGGCCAUGUGUGCUGGAUAAGAAAGUAAGAGUCCUGCUUAAUAAUAAUAAUAAUAAUAAUAAUAGAUGCCUGUAGAAAAGCCACAAGCACAAGCAGAAAAACACACUGGCCCUUUCCUGCAGUUUCCAACAACUGGUAUUCAAACACACACAUUCUUUAUUACAGUCCAAAGACUGGUAUAUAGGGUAAACCUCCGUGAUAGGGAAAACAUUUAAUCCAGCUUUGGUAUAUUGUCUGUGAUAACUGGGCACUGACAAAAUCGUAAGAUAUGAAGGUAAUUGAAAACCAUGCCCAUACUGAAACGUUCCACAGGUUACAUGUGACUGAGAGCGAAGAUGGCUGCGUUCAAUAUUCCGCAGCCCAUAGGUAUUCAGAAGCAAUAGAUCGGUAGGACUUGGGUUUGAUUCAGCCCAGUUCUUGUUUUAAAGAGGAGAGCUGGCCUGCAGGUCGAACCUCCCCUUCCACCUGCCCAGCUGUUUCCCCAAAGUUAAAUGUCUGGCUUGGCUUUCAAGUAACUGCUGCCUAGAGGAGACCUGAAGAGUUUAGUAGUCAAAAGUAACAGCCUUCCCUGUUUUCCUUGAAAGAAUCAGAGCUCGGUUCCAACUGGGGAGAAGGAGAAUAUCUGCUCAUCCAAGACCUCAAAGAAGAGGAGGAAAGGACAUUAGCAGGUUAGUCCUUAGGUGUGUCAUUGGGCCCUUUGUGGAACUGACUAAGUUAUCUCCUGUUCCCAAUGAUCCUGAUGAUUUUGCCCCUAUUACUCUAUUUCACUUGGCACCUAAUCAUAGCUCAGUUGGCUAGAGCGCAGUGCUGAUAAUGCCAAGGUUGCAGGUUCGAUCCUGGUACGGGACAGCUGCAUAUUCCUGAAUUGCAGGGGGUUGGGCUAGAUGACCCUCGGGGUCCCCUUCCAACUCUACGAUUCUGUGAUUCUACGAUCUCCAGCCUGGGUGCUUCAAUUUGACAGCAGGCCAGGGAGAAAGGCAGAUUUCAUGCUAGGGAUCAUUAGGAAAACAACCAAAAAUAAAACUGGCAAUAUCACAGUGCCAUUAUAUAGACCCAUUAUGCAGCUGCAUUGGGAACACUGUGCCCAGUUCUGGUCGCCUGACCUCAAAAAGGAUAUUGUAGAGUUGGAAAAGGUUCAGAAAAGGGCAGCCAAAACAAUCAAACAAUGAAGGCAGUGAAGGUCCUGUGUGAGUGCCUGGAGGCGGUUGGGGGAUGGAUGGCGGCUAACAGAUUGAGAUUGAAUCCUGACAAGACAGAAGUACUGUUUUUGGGAGACAGGGAGCGGGUGGGUGUGGGGGAUUCCCUGGUCCUGCAUGGGGUAACUGUGCCCCUGAAGGACCUGGUGCGCAGCCUGGGAGUCAUUUUGGACUCACAGCUGUCCAUGGAGGAACAGGUUAAUUCUGUGUCCAGGGCAGCUGUCUACCAGCUCCAUCUGGUACGCAGGAUGAGACCCUACCUGCCCGCAGACUGUCUCACCAGAGUGGUGCAUGCUCUAGUUAUCUCCCGCUUGGACUACUGCAACGCGCUCUACGUGGGGCUACCUUUGAAGGUGACCCAGAAACUGCAAUUAAUCCAGAAUGCGGCAGCUAGACUGGUGACUGGGAGUGGCCGCCGGGACCACAUAACACCGGUUCUGAGAGAUCUGCAUUGGCUCCCAGUAUGUUUCCGAGCACGAUUCAAAGUGUUGGUGCUGACCUUUAAAGCCCUAAAUGGCCUCGGUCCUGUAUACCUGAAGGAGCGUCUCCACCCCCAUUGUUCUGCCCGGACACUGAGGUCCAGUGCUGAGGGCCUUCUGGCGGUUCCCUCAUUGCGAGAAGCAAAGCUACAGGGAACCAGGCAGAGGGCCUUCUCGGUAGUGGCACCUGCCCUGUGGAACGCCAUCCCAUCAGAUGUCAAAGAGAUAAACAACUACCUGACAUUCAGAAGACAUCUUAAGGCAGCCCUGUUCAGGGAAGUUUUUAAUAUGUAACGCUGUACUGUUUUUAACACUUGAUUGGGAGCCGCCCAGAGUGGCUGGGGAAACUCAGUCAGAUGGGUGGGAUAUAAAUAAAUUAUUAUUAUUAUUAUUAUUAUUAUUAUCAAGGGGAAGAAAAGUUGCUUUAUUCCCUUCCUAGAUGUUUGGCUGUUCUCUCACCCCACUCUCUGAUAUGGGAUUUCUGAAUACUUUGUGCUCAAAAGUAACAAAUCAUGUCAUUUUUUAGAAUGUAUUUUACUGGUUUUCCACAACAGUGACCACAAGCAAAACAAAACUUGUAAUGCAGGUUUUCACGUUGUCAGCUACAUCAAAUAAAAUUCAAGUACAUAUGGAGGCAUUUCCAUACCAACCAUGUCUUUUUCUCCCCCUGGAAGAACCAGACUUCAUUUCCUGGUGGGAAGAAGGAGAAGAUGAACUUAUACACAACCCCAAAAAAGAGGUGGCAGAGGAGACAUCAUCAGGUAGCUGCUUAGUUGUGGAAAUCGUUGUUAAAGAUAGAAGAGCGAAGCAUGUAGAAGAACAAGCCUUGCGGAAGCAGGGCCAGCAUGGCUUCUGCGAGGGAAAGUCCUGUCUCACAAUCCUGUUAGAGUUCUUUGAGAGUGUCAGCAAGCUUAUAGAUAGAUAGCAGUGAUCCCAUUGACCUAGGGUACUUCGGCUUUCUCUUUGUAAACUGCUUUGAGGGUUUUUCUCCCAAACAAUCAAGCAGUGUAUAAAUUUAACAAAAUAAGCAAGCUUUCAACAAAGGGAAGAAUCAUGGAGAUUUUCCUGGUCUAGCAAAGACACAGGGCAAAGAUGAACUUCUAAUCACUGCAUCUUGCUUGGGUCUAACUCGCACAAUUUCAACCAGCCUUCCCCCAACCACAUAGGGUUGAAAUUGUGCAAGUUGUAUUCACGUAAGAUGCGACCGUAUGGUACUUUAUGGUACCCAUUUGUCAAAGAUGUACCCUCCAAAUUCUUCCAGCGUCUCGUUAUUUCAAGCCUGGCUGCUAGCAAAAGUGGACAUUAGAGGGUUGUCCAAUUAUGGCUCUCAUGUUGUGGGUUCUGAUCCAGGGAUCUCCUACCCACCAAUCUCUGUUUUAGUGCCGCCACCCUCUCCUCACCUGGUUCAGAGUCAGCUACCUGGUCUGGCUCCUUAGUCAAAGGCUCUGCAGCCUAUGUGUCUUGAUGGUUACUGGACUCGGCGGGUCAUGAUAGGGAUGUUGAAAUAAAGGGAAGCAGCCAAUUGCUUUUGAUCCGUUUUGGGACCCUUAGUUCCUGCCUUGCACUACUAACAGGAUUUCUGCCCCUCUCCAAACAGGUGGGCAGGACAAUGAGGAUUCUGUACCUCCAUCAGAAGCCAUCAAGCCCGAAGUAAGAGGGGAGACCUUUGGAAGCAAAGGUCACAAGGAAAACCAGAGGAAGACAUCCGUUGCUUUUCAGGGUGCAGAUGUCCACAAACUCCACAUCCCCCAAGGAGAUUGUAAAGGAAAGAGGAGGAGAACGUGCCCGGCAUGUGGGAAAAUAUUCAAGUUUAAAUCGGACUUAAAUAAACACUUCAGAACCCACACAGGGGAAAAGCCGUAUACAUGUAAGGAGUGCGGAAAAGGCUUUAGCAAUAGCGGGAACCUUAAAAAGCACCAGCUCCUCCACACAGGGGAGAAACCCUAUAAGUGUAUGGAGUGUGGAAGGAGUUUUACUCAGAGUGGUAGCCUGACGAUACACUACCGAACUCACACGGGGGAAAAGCCCUAUCAGUGCGCUGAGUGUGGAAAGUGCUUCAGAGUUAGUUCAAAGCUGACUUCGCACUACAGAACUCACACGGGGGAGCCAUAUAAAUGUGCGGACUGCGGGAAGAGCUUCAGCACGAAAGGAAACCUUUGUAAACAUCAGAGAAUCCACACGGGGGAGAAGCCGUAUAAAUGCACCGACUGCGGGAAGAGCUUCAGCAAUAAAGGAAACCUUUGUAAACAUCAGCGAAUCCACACAGGAGAGAAGCCAUAUAUAUGUACAGAAUGCGGGAAGGACUUCAGUGACAGCACAAGCCUUACUUUCCAUAAAAGAAUCCACUCAGGGGAGAAGCCGUUCAAAUGCGUGGAGUGUGGGAAGAGCUUCAGGAUGAGCUCUGGCCUUACCACUCAUCAGAGAACUCACACUGGAGAGAAACCGUAUGCGUGUGUGGAAUGUGGAAAGAGCUUUCGCGAGAGACCAAGCCUUGCUUACCACAGAAGGACUCACACAGGAGAGAAGCCACAUAAAUGCGCCGAGUGUGGAAAGAACUUUGCCGAAAGGUCAAGCCUGACUUUACACCAGAGGAUCCACACGGGGGAGAAGCCGUACCCUUGUGUGGAGUGCGGAAAGAGCUUCCGGACCAAAGGAAACCUUUGUCAACAUCAGAGAACGCAUGUAGCUGAGAAGUCCUAUAAGUGCCGGAAGUGCGGAGAGGCCUUCAACGACAGCGUGAGCCUCGCUUUUCACAAAAGCGUUCACUCGGGGGAGAAGCCGUUUCAGUGCGUCGAGUGCGGGAAGAGCUUCCGGGGCCACUCGAGACUUCUCUCCCAUCAGAGAAUCCACACAGGGGAGAAACCAUAUCCUUGUGUGGAGUGCGGGAAGAGCUUCCGUUGGCUCGAGGUUCUCACUGCUCACAAAAGAACCCACACGGGAGAGAAGCCGUAUAAAUGCGUGGCAUGUGGGGAGAGCUUCAGAAACAGAGGGAGCCUUUAUAAGCAUGAGGGCAUCCACGGGAGGGAGAAACCACGCGCAUCAUCCUUCCCUGAUGCAACUCCCUCUGCCACAGAGCCUGCACAGACCUUCCAUUGCAUGCCCACAAGGCUGUCCCCUCCCCAAGGCACCAUUUAUAUUCUUGUUUUCCCUUGA